UUGGCUUGCCUUUUGCGAUCCUGGUAUCUGGCUUAAGCAUCCUUAGAUUCGCCAUACCCUUGUUGAUUAUAGUAGUCGCUGGGCGAGCAAGGAGUUAUACAUAUACCCUUCACGCCACUCACUUGUUGCUUCACUGUGAUCCUCAUUGGAUUACUUAACCAGUCUUUUACACGACGUCGUCCUCUUACAUCUUGUUGUGAAGCUAUCCGAGCCAGCUUAGAGCCAGUCUCGACUUAACGCUUGAGCUCUUUCUUCUUCUUCUGUAUAUAUUAUAUACUAUAUCCACACAGAUACGACUGUACAUUACCUUCUCUAUAGAUCCCUACCUACCUCAUCAUGAGGCUCCUCCCGCUCCUCACGGUCCUCAGCACCGUCGUGCUCCCCGCCGCCUUCGUAUCCUCGCAAAAACUGCCCCUCUCCACCACCUCCCGCUGGAUCGUCGACGCGGACGGCAAGCGCGUGAAGCUGCGGUGCGUCAACUGGGCGGGCCACCAAGAAGCGAACCUGCCCGAGGGCCUGCACAAGCAGUCGGUCGACUACAUCGCCGACUUCAUCGCGCAGCAGGGCUUCAACUGCGUGCGCCUGACGUACUCGAUCGACCACGCGCUGAACCCGGACGUCAAGGUCGCCGACUCCUUCGUGGCCGCCGCCCAGUCCGCAGACGUCAGCGUCGAUGAUCUGAACGGUGUAUACGCUCAGGUCGCGGAGAAGAACCCGUUCGUGGGUGAUGCGACGACGCGGGGCGUCUUUGAGGCGGUCAUUGCGGCGCUUUGGAAGAGGGGCGUCAUGACGAUUCUGGAUAAUCAUGUUAGCAAGGCCAGCUGGUGCUGCAACAUCGACGACGGCAACGGCUGGUGGGACGAAGGCUUCGGGUACAACGACAUGAACAGCCGGUUCUUCAAGACCCAAGACUGGCUCUCCGGCCUCGAGAAAAUCGCCUCGUGGUCCGUCUCGCAACCCGGCGUCAUCGGCAUGGGCCUGCGCAACGAGGUGCGCGAGUGGCUGCUACAGGGCGCCAACGGGCGCGAGGACUGGUACAACUUCAUGACGCAGGCGGCGACGCGCGUGCACGCGGCGAACCCGGAGCUGCUGGUCGUCAUGGGCGGCACGCAGUCGUCGACGGACCUCACGCACAUCCGCGCGAACCGCAACAUCGACUGGUCCGCGUGGCAGGGGAAGCACGUCUGGGAGUGGCACGCGUACUCGUUCACCGUCACCUUCGCCGCCGUCAAGGGGAACUGCGAUCUCUUGAAGCAGGCGUACGGCCUGUUCGACGGGUUCGUGCUCGAGCAGGGCAGGGACUACACCGCGCCGCUGAUCCUGUCGGAGUUCGGGUUUGGGAUGACGGGGGGCCCGAACGAUGGGCUGUCGGAUGAUGAUAACAGCUACUUCCAGUGCCUGAGAGAUUAUGUUACGGGUAAUGAUGGCGAGUGGUCGCUUUGGGCGGUCCAGGGCUCGUAUUAUCUACGCCAGGGCACGGUGGAUGCGGAGGAGAGCUGGGGGCUGCUCGAUAAUGAUUGGAAGAACUUGAGGAAUGCGAAGGUGCCGGAGUUGCUGGCAGAUAUGUUCAAGGUUACCCAGGGGCCUUGAGCAUAUAUGUGUAUGUGUAUGCGGGUUUGGUUGUUUCGACGUGUAUAUAUGAGGGAGUGGUUAAAGGGUUUGUAGUAUGGAGGGUCGUGUU